GAGAGAGUGAACAAACAUGGCAAAGAGAAUCAUUAAAAUAUAUAUAACUAGUUUUACUUAUAUAUAUUCUUUAAAACCUAGGUUAUUUUAACUUUGUGAUUAUCUCACUUGAAGAGAGAGAUAUUUUUCUGAUUGUGGAGCAUAUAAACAAAGGCGUGACUUCCGCUAAUCGCCGCGUGUAUUGUGCGUCACUUCCGGCCGCCAACACCAGCAGCACUUUUUCGCGGUAAAAUGAAAUGACUGUGUCAUUAGGAUUUUAUCUCGGCAGCUGGCUUCUUUAAAGACACUUGCGAAUAUUUUGGGUUGAGUUGUUUGAAUAAUAAGAUUGUAAACAUUGGCAUGAAGAGCUAACGUUAGCCAAAGUAGCAUUACAGCGUUCGAUCGUCCUACACUGAACUGAGGAACUGAAAUUCAGAGAUAAUGCAGUCUGAAACGAUGGCUCUUGUGAACACGGAUUUCUUCAAGUCCGAACUGGAAGUGUUCGGGAUUACAUUCCAAGAUGACUCCGUCCUCGACAAAGUGGUUGAACUUUGCAUUUGUACUAGGACGCAGGCAGAAGACAUGGUUUCAGAGUUGAUGGCUUACAGCAGCACAAGAAGUAUUUCUAAACUCACAACAGAGAACCUGGAGCAAUUUGAACAUGAGUUAUCACACAAGAAGAACAAGUCUAAACCAAGUUACAAGAAAGAAGAAGGGCAUAACAGAACCAGAGACAUAAUUAAAGCUGAGGAAGAAGAGGAUGAUCUCUUUGACUCCUACUCUACCCCAGCCAAGGGCUCUCAGAAACGGGCGCUUACCACUCCAGAGCAUCCUCAGUCUAAGAGGAGUGCUGCUCUGCUGGCCAGCCCAGGCCUGUUGCUGUCUCCAGCCAGCUUCUCCCCCAGCGCAACGCCCUCACAGAAGUACAACCAACGUGGAGCAAAAGGGGAAGUGGUGGCCACGUUUGGAGCUGUGCAGGGCACCCGAUGGGCAGGCAGGAAGGAUCCUGGUGCAGGCGUCCAGCUUGAGCUCCUGGAGGGACCUGAAGACUCUCUGCGCUGCAGCUACAAAUUCAUGUUCCAAAGGCUACGAGACAUUCGAAAUGUGUUGACGGAGAAGAUUGAGGAGCUGGGAGAAAGCCUCAGGUCUCAGUUCAGCAUUGAAGAGUUCUCCCCCGUCUCUCUUCCCGCUCAGGACAGGAUAACCGUGUUGGGUCAGGUGUGCUGUGACAGCAACGGCAAACUGAACGCACAGUCCGUUCUGUUGGAGGCGGGACCAGAACAAGGUGGUCAGCAAGUUUCCGUCGACCUGUCCGAGCUUAAAGAGUAUUCCCUCUUUCCUGGUCAGGUGGUAGUGAUGGAGGGGAUGAACACUACUGGAAAAAAACUUGUGGCUUCCAAACUUUAUGAGGUCAGCUACCACUUCAGUGACAUCUUAAUUACACCUUUUGAAAUUGAGGCUGGAGUUCCCCUUCCUUUUUACACCCCAACAAUGGAGCCUGAUGAAGCAGCAGCAGAGCCCCUGAACGUGCUGGUGGCCUGUGGGCCAUACGCCCCCUCUGACAGCUUGACCUUCGACCCCCUCUUGGAUCUCAUCAGUGUCAUUAACAGAGAUCGUCCGGAUGUUUGUCUGCUGCUGGGUCCGUUUGUGGAUUCCAAACACGAGCAGAUCGAGAAAGCUAAGGUGACAGAGACGUUCGGGGCCAUUUUCUCUCGAUGCAUUGAAAGCAUUGUGGAUGGCACCAAAAGCGUGGGCUGUCACUUGGUGUUUGUGCCGUCCCAGAGAGACAUCCACCACCACUUCAUCUACCCGCAGCCCCCCUUCAUCCUGCCGCACCUCAGCAAGGACCAGGUCCGGUCGGAUCGUGUCACCCUGGCUCCCGACCCGUGCACCCUGCUGAUGGAUGGCGUGACCUUUGGCGUGACGUCCACCGACAUCUUGUUCCACAUGGGUGCCGAGGAGAUCAGCUGUGGCACCGGCUCGGACAGAUUCUCCCGCAUCCUGAAGCACAUGCUGAUCCAGAGGAGCCGCACUGUCCGCUCUGUUCUGAGAGAGUACCGCUUUAACGACUCCCGCGUGCUGCUCACUCACAGUUACUACCCGCUGUACCCGCCGGCGGAGGAGGUGAACAUGGAUUAUGAGAAGUUCCAGAGCUUCGCUCAGAUGCCGCUCACCCCGGACGUGCUCAUCACCCCCUCCGAGCUGCGCUACUUUGUGAAGGACGUGGUGGGCUGCGUGUGCGUGAACCCUGGACGGCUGACCAAAGGCCAGGUGGGGGGGACCUACAGCCGGCUGCUCAUCCAGCGCAGCAGCGAGGAGGGGAAGAGGGUGAGCCCCUGCGUGGCCGUUCAGGUGGUGAAAAUCUGACGGGAACCAAGACCUCAAUUCCUCAUCGCCGGCACGAAUGGGCUGAGUCGACCACAGCCAUUUUUCAGACAGACAACAUCCAGUACAUUUACUUUUCCUCUGCUUUAUGGUGUCAUCAAUCAUUCAAAUACUGGAGCAAUAAUAAAUUAUUGUCAUCAUUUGUACAGAUUUUU